UGGCAUCACUUCCGCUUCCUCUUCGUCACCGCCACACACAACUGAUGGUUUAUACUAAACGAGACAAAAAAAUGAAAGCAUCGAUAGCUGACUCAACUCUCCCAGCGAACGAUUAGCUUGUUUGAUAUAACCUGCUUGACCGGCGCCGUUAACCCCGACUUUGUGGUUUCCAGGUCUUGUUCAGCCCAAUAUGAGCAACUCGAGUGUGUUUGCAUUCAGUGCAGUGAGCUUAGAAAGUGCGCACAGGGUCCUAUCACGGUAGCUAGCGUUAGCUCUGCAAAGCUGCUGUCCAGGGCCCGCUUCUGACUGUUAUUCCUGGGAUAAGUAACAGUUAUUUUCACUAAGCUAAGACUUAGCACCAUGAAUCUGUUGCGUCUACUGUGCCGCCACAAGACAGCGCUGGUCAUUGGCACGGUGUGCAGCUUUGCUGUAGUUCUGGUCUUCUUGGCCAAAUGUACUUCAGAAACCCUGAAACAGGCCCACCAGGAUCCUCCAGGCUUGGCCCCUCAUGCCAGCGAUUUGCAGUCUUAUCCAGGGCAGCAGGAUGCCCCGUCCACAUCAAAAGACUUGUCAGCAUUCCUUGUGGUCCUCAUCACAACCGGACCCAAGUACACAGAGAGGAGGAGUAUCAUCCGCAGCACAUGGCUGACCAAAGACUCUGAUGUUCUGGCCAUGUUUGUGGUGGGAACUCAGGGACUUUCCAGCGAGGAUCUUCAGAACCUCAACACAGAGCAACGGCGGCACAAAGACUUGCUCUUAUUGCCUAAUUUACAAGAUUCUUACGAGAACUUAACACUUAAGUUGUUGCACAUGUACUCCUGGCUGGACCAGAAUGUUGAUUUCAAGUUUGUCCUCAAAGCAGAUGAUGACACAUUUGCUCGCUUGAACCUCCUUAAGGAGGAACUUAAGGGGAAAGAGCCAAGUCGGUUGUACUGGGGCUUUUUCUCAGGAAGAGGGAGGGUGAAAACAGCCGGGAAGUGGAGGGAAAGCUCUUGGGAGCUUUGUGACUAUUACUUGCCCUACGCAUUAGGUGGGGGCUAUGUCCUCUCGGCUGACCUGGUACAUUAUGUGCAUCUUAAUGCAGGGUACUUCAAGACAUGGCAAAGUGAGGAUGUGUCACUGGGUGCAUGGCUGGCACCAGUGGAUGUUCGGCGGACACAUGACCCACGCUUUGAUACAGAGUAUAAAUCACGUGGCUGCAACAACAAAUACUUGGUGACACAUAAGCAGAGCUUGGAGGACAUGCUGGAAAAACACCAGACUCUGCAGCGAGAUGGCAGGCUCUGUAAGGAGGAAGUCAAGCUGCGUUUGUCCUAUGUGUAUGAUUGGGGUGUGCCACCCUCACAGUGCUGCCAAAGGAAGGAUGGCAUUCCUUAAAUCUUGUCCUUUUUACAAGGCAGAAGUUAUCUUCUGAUUCGCAUCGUCCAAGUCGGGAAACAUUUAAAGGAUAAUAUUUUUUUGCCAAGUCUCUGUUGUUACGCCACUGAAGACGGUGUAAUGGGCCCUAGAUAUUGUUAUAAUAAAUGCCUUAAUCAUGUAAAAAAAAAAAAUCUGUUUCAGAUUUGGGGAGCCAUUUGUAUAAUUGCAAGAACAAAAAAAGGUGAUUCCAAUUUUUUUUGUUUUUUCAGGUCAGGUGGGCCAAGAGCAGGUCAAACUUAAAAACCACUGUUUAUCAUAUUUUUUCUCUUUGUUUGCCAAUUGGACAUUGGGUUUUAAAGUUUCCAUGUCAAUUUAAAAUAGCUGGAACAGGUCUGUUAUGAUCUGUGAUUCUGAUGUCCACAACCAGUUUCACAACUUUUAAGUGGUGUAACAACAUAGAAUUACCUUAAAAAUAUUACCCCUAACCUUCAAAUAGGAAGCCAUUUUCAGCCUGUUGUCCUUUAUGACGUCUGUACUCCUUCAGCCUUAUUAUUUGCACCCAUGCUUAUGUCAGUGCUCUCCUUACUGUCAGUUUACCAUGUUGGUGGCCUACUUCUUUCCUCUGUCUGUGCUUCUGCUGUACCUCUUGCUUAAUAUUUGAAACACUAUGAGAUACGUUUUAAGGUAACUUCAUUGUAGUAGGUAAUACAUGGAAACACAGAUGGGAGGUUCUUACCCUGCCAUGUUGUCUACAUUUUUUUUUUUUGUAUUUUAUUUAUUGUUAAUUUAUUCUGCAGCAAACAUGACGUACUGGCAUUAAGUUAGGACAGUGGCUGUGGUUGCUGCUUGUGAAGAGGAUUUGUAUUUAUAAAUGUGUUGGGGAAGAGGGGGGGGUUGCACAUGUUUCAGAGCUAAUGGACCAGAAAUGUACACUUUGUAAAUGUAAAACUUUUGUUUACAUUGAACGAUACGUUAGAUUUCAUGUAUUUCCGAGGUGCAAAGAAUGUGUAAGAGAAAUGGUUGAAUGUGUUUCAUUCAACAGACCUUCCUAUUCUUGCAGCAGUCUCACUGUAAAGGUUGGGUAUGUGAUUGUAAACGCUAAUAUGGCAGCACACAACUAUUUGCUAUGUAAAGAUGUAGUGGAAUUGUGGUUUCCUGAGGAGAGAGUGAAGUCACAUUCCCCUCGGUGUGCGUUGUAGUCUGACCUUCCCUGUUCUUGUUUUGACAGCCAGGCCGGCUGUGUGUGUGUGUGUGCGCUUUUGGGUUGGUGGCCCAAAGGGUCUGUAUUUGACGGCAUGGGAAUGAGUCCUUUCUCCUGUUGGGUGUGCACCUAGGUCAGUACAUUUACUGUACAAAGAUAUCAAGUUUUUUGUGUAUGUUUGCAGCACACCACAGGUUCAGACUGAGAAACUUCAUAUAGGCUACCACCCGGCACUUGGUCACUUUUUUUAAACCAGAAACAUCAUUUUCGAGUCCAUGUAUCAAUGUACAAUGAAUACUUGUGUCUUCUGAUGUUGAGCUCUCCAACCUGAACUUACCGUGUGAUGUCAGUAGCUGUGUCCCAAAACUUGUGAAACGUAUAUAGCGACAAUUUAAGGGUACAAUAAGUUGGAGCACAAACAGCCGAGGAAAUGCUGCAAAAAGAGCCACGAACAGAACUCAUUUUUAUGACUGUUGUUAUGAUGAAUAUUGACAUGACUUUUCUCACAGUUGUCACUAGCAGAUUCUGUUUCAGUACAGUUUAAGUUCCAGUGUUUGUUUGUACAUACAAGUCAACCUCCCUGGAUGUUUUAUUAAAAAUUUUAACUGUA